GCGGUAUUGCAGGCUGGAAACGCCCCCAACAGCAGCGCUGAACAACGACUUCCGGGUGAAAAACAUGGUGUGCAGGAUGCAUGUGGAGGCGGUUCAACUGGUGUUGUCCCUGGUGCUGGCGUUUCUGCCCACUUCCUUGCACUUCCCCAUGCCCAUGCACACCAUGAUAGACUCGAUAGACAGAAUUGUGAACUACUAUGCGGACAAUUACCAGGAUAUGAACGUCGAUGGAAUAUUUGGACUCAGAGCUCUGGAAGGCCAACUUCUCAUGAUUCGUGAGGAGUAUGAACAGGGCAGGCGUCUGCGUCUGGACCGCACCACGGCAGAUCACAUCAAGGAGCUGAGCAUGAAGGCGUCAGGAGUGGGGAACAUGGCCAUCCCUCACCUGCAGGACAUGGAUCCUGAGUACUUCAGGCAAUUUAAGUACAUAGUUGCCCGACCAUGGAAGAUGCGUCACACCUACCGCAAGGCGGACCUGUCCAUGGCUGCACGACAGACUAACAGGAGGAGGGGAGGUGAUCAGCUGACAGAAGAGAAGAGUGAUAAGUGUAUGACUGGUCUGCUGGGCAGCGGGGAUGUGGAGCGGCCGUGUACAGUGGACGACGAGUGCUGGCGACUGAUGAGUGCUCCCGGCAAGGCUUCCUACUACCUCACACACCAGCUGCUGUUCUUUGUGCUGGGGGAACAGUUGGGCUGUAAAGAUGAGUUGGAUGCCCUAGCGAGGAAACACAGUAUUGCAGGUGGUGUGCAGGAGCUGGAACAUCGCUUCUGUUCCAGUAUGCUGGGGGAAGUGGAGGCUGUGGUCAGGAGAGGGCUCAAGCCUAGUGAACAGGACAUCUUCAUGGAGCAGAUCUUCACCUGUGGCAUUAUGGGAUACUAUGAGUUCAUGCGGAAGCCGUGGCUGGACAUGAUCCUGACAUGGCAGGACGCGUCUGGCUGCUUCAGGAAGGACGAAGGGGAGGUUGGCAGUGAUGAGGAGGAGGAUGAUGAGGCAGCAAACAGAGUCAUCAGGAAACAGGACAAACAGAUGCAGGGAGGCCUGUUCCCACCACCUAAAAGGAGGUUACUGGCAGAGAAAGCAUUGAAAGAUGGGUGCCUGUCCCACAAGACAGCAGUGGGAGCCGGAGCGCUGGCAGCGUUUCUGCAUUACCUGGUGGACCCCUAUGUGCCGGGGGAUACAGGCAGGAAGGGCGCCCCCACCCAGGGGGCUUUCGAGGUUGGAGAGCAGGGGCAGCUGUUGAUGCUGAUGCUAGUAGGAGCUGCCGUGUUGGUCUUCUUUGCCCGGAUGUUUGCCAGGAGGAGAUUUAGACGACUGCUGAAAAUAUGAAAUGCAACCUUUUCCUUGUACUUUUAAAGCCAUUUUACUAAAUUUAUGCAACUAAAGUUAAAUGCCGUGUUUUGACCUUGAUACAGUGAAUGAGAUGAGUGGUUUUGAUUCCUCCCAGUAUUUUUCAUGUCAAAAAGCAAUAAUAUCUAUUGAUUUCUAAAAUUGUGCAUUUGGGAGGGGGGCUGUCAAGGGUUCACCUUUUCUGAAAAUGACUUUUGGAAUAUCAAAAUGUUCAGUUUAAUGGCAUAAAACAAUAACUUUAUUGUAUUUUGAGUAUGAAACAGUGGGCUCAAUCUCAAUUUUUCUACCAAAGUUCAAAGAGUUCUAUUUCAUGUAAAAGUGAAAACAAACACACAAUUUCAAGAUCACUUUCAGACAUUUUGGUGAUAGUUACAUGGAGAAUACUUGUUUGUAUCAGUGAAUAGUUUCAUCAGGUUGGUAAGUCACUGAGUAAAGACAUUAUUUUUACACAACCAAGUGUUUUAUUCAGCCAAUGUUUCAGUGACCAUCUGUCACCUUCCUCAAGGCAAUUCUGACUGGUUCACAUUGCACUGUAGCACAGGUGUCGCUGCCAUAGAUGCAUUCCCAAAACGUACAAUAUUUACAUAUCUAAACAUAUGCGUGGUUACAGGGAACUGUAUCAUUCUACAAUGCGGCCCCAAACUUACAGUUGUUGGAUAUAUACAUAAUUGUUAGAUGUUUGUUGUAGUUGGUUGGGAUUGACCCAUCCAAGUGUCUCUUUUUGCUGUAUCAAGGAGACUGAACAUGUACAUGUAAAUACAGCUUGUCCUUCUGCAAUGAACUUAAUAUUGUAUUGUAAAGGGCUUUAAAAUCCAUGACACAUUCCUUUUUGUUACAUUCGUAUAUUUUUAGAGAAUCUUACAUGUCAGUGAUAAUGGUUUUAUAUCAAUCUAAAUGCACAUACACAUGUAAUAUUAUCUGCAAAAUAGGAGAAAACGGACUGAGACCAUGACUGUAUGUGUAGCAUUUUUACAACUCUAUGCAGGUGUAUAUCUUACUGGUAAGUUUGCCUUGAUAUUGGUACUGGUUUAGUUUGAGAUUUUUGUUCGAUUGUCAAUGUUUUUGGAUUGUGUGUUGUAUCAACAAGUUGAGUCUUAAAAAAGA